AUGGCGCUGUACGGGACUUCCGAUGCCUUGAUGUGCAGGGCAUUCCCAAUAACCCUGCGGGGGCCAGCCCGCGCAUGGUAUAGCAGUUUGAAGGCCGGAACCGUCGCCUCCUUCGACCAACUCGCCAAAGAUUUCGAGCUUAACUUCCUGGCUUACGCUCGACCAAAACCGUCUGUGGCAUUACUCCUCGGACUCAACCAAAGGGAGGACGAGCCCCUCUCCCAUUUUGCAUACGACCUUCCAGGUUCUUCUGGUCUCUCGUGGAACGACCCCUCGCCGCGGUCCUCGAAAUGCUUCAGCGUGCUGGCCAGUUCAUCGACGCAGAGACAUGGAUGGCUGGGAAGUGGGAGGAGCACAAAAAAGUCAAGUCGGAGCCCCCCCCGACAGCAACAACCCACCGCGUCCCGUCGUAAGUUAGACAGAUCCGACCCAAGGCCUUCUCUCCCCGCCUUGAAUUCGUCACGAACGGAAAUAUUUCUCCAUGAGAAGGGGAAGGGACUACUCAAGGAGCCCCACCCAAUGAGGAACCCACGAGAGCUCGCGGACCGUUCAAAAUACUGCCGCUUCCAUCGGCAACAUGGGCACGACACUGAACAGUGCCAUGAGCUAAAAAGGCAAAUAGAGGAGCUCAUCCGCCGAGGGCAUCUCAGCCACUACCUUCUGCCGGACAAAGAGCUAUCACCUCGCCCGGAGGGCCCCGUCGAGAGACACAUCGACGUAAUCGCUGGCGGCCCCGCAUCGGGGGAGGGGGGGGGGGGGGGGGGCUCCAUGUCGGGAAGAAAGGUGUACGCCCGAGCCGCUCCAAACGUAACCUUUGGACACGGGCCCGAGCCCGAAAUCACCUUCCCGACCGGGGUAUCCGAGCAACCCGAACACGACGACGCCCUUGUGAUAUCGGCUAGGGUGGCCAACGCACAGGUAAGAAGGAUCAUGGUCGACACUGGGAGCUCGGCCGAUAUACUCUACUUCGACGCCUUCCAGAAGCUCGGCUUGGCCAGGGAGAAUAUAAGGCCAAUGAGUUCAGCGCUCACUGGAUUCACAGGAGAUUCGAUAUCACCUCUGGAGGCUAUUACUCUGCCCUUAACCCUAGGGGUCCCGCCGAGGUCGAAGACGGUAAUGACCACCUUUUUGGUGGUCGACCUUCCCACUGCUUACAACGCUAUAUUCGGACGGCCGACCCUCAAUAAGGUCAGAGUCGUCGUCUCGACCUACUACCAAACCAUCAAGUUCCCGACUCAUGCAGGGGUCGAAGAAGUUACGGGAAGCCCCCGAGAGUCUAGGCGAUGCUACCUAACCGUCGUUUCACUACACAAGAGGACCAGGAUCGAGCCGCCACUGGAAGAUCCACGGGAAACAAAAAAGUCGGCCCCUCAUCCCGAGCCGAGGGGGUCCACCGUGGAUAUACCAUUACAAGAAGCCCGGCCUGACCGGACGGUCAAAGUUGGUUCGGAACUACCCGAACAGGAAUGA